CCUCACCACACACACAGAGGAGCAGCAGCCAGUUCACCCCCUCCCCCACCCCCUGCUCUCCCCUCCUCCCCCUUUAUUACCCUUUGUGUGUGUCUCUUUCUCCACUGCUCCAGGGAAGGGAAUAAAAGUGGGGUGCAGCCAAGAUCGUGCCUGGAAAAUAUUGGUUUUUGGAUAUAUAAGUGUUUGAAGAAUACAGUGUUUAGACAAAAUCUUUAAAAUCUGGUUUUUUAGACAUCAAAGGUUUUUUUUCAUACUGGAUCGGUGUACCUCAGUGGAUAGCUCCACAGGAUCAGGGAGAUGCAUUUGGCUUGGAUUCAGAGGAACAAACUGCAACACUAAAUCGACUCCUGUCAACAAUGUUCCUCCUAAAAAAUAUAUGGAAGAAAGUGUCAUCUCAAUAAAUCAGACAAGGAAUUAUAGACAGUUCUUAGAGCAUUAUAACACUAAUUCUCUGCAAGGGGUCAGUGAACUUCCCAAGAUCAGUGGAUAUUUUCCACCAGUUUUCCUAAUCUUGGCUUAGAAUGAACAGGAUGAACACACCCACCUUAUGUCUAAACCUUAGCAAGGAAAAAGGUUGCUGUACUGGAGUUGUGAAGUCAUGAAAGAAUCACAGGAAGAUAGCUGCAGCACGUUGGAUAAUGAGUGGAAGAUAAAGAAAAAGCAAAAAGAAUGUGGCAUAUAAAGGGUGUAAUACCUGGAGAGUCAUAAGCAGAAACAGAAAAAUGAAUGGCGGAAAGGAGUGUGAUGGAGGGGACAAAGAUGGAGGACUACCAGCAGUGCAAGUUCCAGUUGGUUGGCAGCGUCGCGUGGAUCAAAAUGGAGUGCUUUAUAUCAGUCCCAGUGGGUCUUUAUUAUCCUGCUUGGAGCAGGUGAAGACAUACCUGCUGACUGAUGGAACCUGCAAAUGUGGCUUGGAAUGUCCUCUCAUUCUUCCCAAGGUAUUUAAUUUUGAUCCUGGAGCUGCUGUGAAACAGAGAACUGCUGAAGAUGUUAAAGCUGAUGAAGAUGUCACUAAGCUAUGCAUUCAUAAACGGAAAAUUAUUGCUGUGGCUACCCUUCAUAAAAGCAUGGAAGCUCCUCAUCCUUCUCUGGUUCUUACUAGCCCUGGGGGUGGAACAAGUGCAACACCAGUAGUUCCUUCUCGAGCAGCAACUCCAAGAUCAGUGAGGAAUAAAUCCCAUGAAGGAAUUACAAAUUCUGUGAUGCCAGAAUGUAAAACUCCAUUCAAGUUAAUGAUCGGGGCAUCUAAUGCCAUGGGUAGGCUUUAUGUACAAGAAGUGACUGGAAGCCAGCAACAAGAACUUCAUUCUGUCUAUCCUAGGCAGAGAUUGGGCAGUAAUGAUCAUGGACAGAAGUCUCCAUAUCGUGGCAGUCAUGGUGGAAUGCCUAGUCCAGCUUCAUCAGGAUCACAGAUAUAUGGAGAUGGCUCAAUCUCUCCUAGGACUGAUCCACUUGGAAGCCCUGAUGUUUUCACAAGGAACAAUUCCAGUUUUCAUGGAGCACCCAACUCUAGUCCCGUUCACAUGAACAGGACUCCUUUGUCUCCACCUUCAGUAAUGCUACAUGGUUCUCCAGUUCAGUCAUCCUGUGCAAUGGCUGGAAGGACUAAUAUACCUCUUUCCCCAACCUUGACCACAAAAAGCCCAGUAAUGAAAAAACCCAUGUGUAAUUUUUCAGCUAAUAUGGAACUACCACGAACAAUGUUUCACCAUAAACCACCCCAAGGUCCACCUCCACCUCUUCCACCUUCUUGUGCUCUUCAGAAAAAGCCAUUAACAUCAGAGAAGGAUCCACUUGGCAUUCUUGACCCUAUUCCCAGCAAGCCAGUUAAUCAGAAUCCUGUUAUCAUUAACCCAACUACUUUCCAUUCUAAUGUCCAUUCUCAGGUACCUGUAAUGAAUGUAAGCAUGCCUCCUGCUGUUGUCCCUUUGCCAAGCAAUCUCCCUUUGCCAACUGUAAAACCUGGUCAUAUGAACCAUGGGAGUCAUGUACAAAGAGUUCAGCAUUCAGCUUCAACCUCCCUCUCUCCUUCACCAGUGACAUCCCCAGUUCACAUGAUGGCAUCUGGCAUUGGAAGGAUUGAGGCAUCUCCCCAAAGAUCACGCUCAUCUUCCACAUCAUCAGAUCAUGGCAAUUUCAUGAUGCCUCCAGUAGGACCACAGUCAUCUUGUAGUGGUAUUAAAGUUCCUCCCAGGUCACCAAGAUCAACAAUAGGGUCUCCAAGACCAUCUAUGCCAUCAAGCCCUUCCACCAAGCCUGAUGGACUUCAUCAGUACAAGGACAUCCCUAAUCCAUUAAUUGCUGGAAUGAGUAAUGUAUUAAAUCCUCCAAGCAAUGCAGUUUUUCCUACUGCAUCUGCUGGAAGUGGUCCCCUGAAGAGUCAGCCUGGUUUGCUGGGAAUGCCUUUAAAUCAGAUCUUGAACCAGCACAAUGCUGCCUCUUUUCCAGCAAGUAGUUUACUCUCAGCAGCAGCCAAAGCACAGCUAGCAAAUCAAAAUAAACUUGCUGGUAACAACAAUAGCAGCAGUAGCAAUUCUGGAGCUGUUGCCAGUGGUGGCAACAAUGAAGGACAUAGCACUUUAAAUACCAUGUUUCCUCCUGCUGCGAACAUGCUUCUACCAACAAGUGAAGGGCAAAGUGGUCGAGCAGCACUACGAGAUAAACUGAUGUCCCAGCAAAAAGACCCUUUGAGGAAAAGAAAACAGCCAACUACCACCGUAUUGAGUUUGCUUAGACAGUCUCAUUUGGAUAGCUCUGGAGUUUCUAAACCUGGAUCUGAUUUGAUAAGGAAGCAAAAUCAAAGUUCAUUUCCCAUCAGUUCUAUGUCUCAGUUACUUCAGUCCAUGAGUUGUCAAAGUUCUCAUAUGAGCAGCAAUAGUACCACUGGUUGUGGGAGCUCAAAUACUGUUUUGCCUUGUUCUGCUAACCAGAUGCAUUUUACAGAUGCAAAUAUGAACUCUAGCACACUUCAGAAUUCAUUGACACAGAGCUUACCUUUAAGAGGGGAAGGUAUGCACUGCCAGAAUGCAAACACUAAUUUUGUCCAUGGUACUAGCCCAGGCGCAAACAACCAUCUUGCAGGUUUAAUUAAUCAGAUGCAGGCUAGUGGGAACUGUGGGGUGCUCAGUCAGUCAGGAAUGGCUUUAGGAAAUUCAUUACAUCUGAACCCACCUCAGUCAAGAAUCCACACAUCCUCCACUCCAGUGAUACCAAACAGCAUUGUUAGCAGCUGUAAUCAAACAAUUCCUGAAGCAGGGAAUUCAGGACCAUCAUCUUCCAUAGCCAUAGCUGGAACCAGCCAACCUGCCAUUACAAAGACAACAUCCGUUCUUCAAGAUGGUGUCAUAGUCACUACUGCAGCUGGAAACCCACUUCCGAGCCAGCUGCCCAUUGGGAGUGAUUUCCCUUUUGUUGGCCAUGAACACACACUUCACUUUCCACAGAACUGCUCUUCAAACAACAAUCUUCCGCAUUCUUUGAAUCCAAACCUUCUCAAUUCUCUACCUAUCUCUUUGCCAGUGAAUCAACAACAUCUCCUAACAGAAGGCAAGUCUGAGGUCAUCCUCAACCCUUUAGGUUUUCUCAACCCAAGUGUAAAUGCUGCCCUAGCUUUUCUCUCCAGUGACAUGGAUGGGCAGGUAUUACAGCCUGCUCAUUUUCAGCUUCUAGCAGCCAUGCUUCAGAAUCAAGCCCAAGUAGCUGCCAUGCUUCCCCUUCCAUCUUUCAAUUUGACCAUCUCAGAUUUUUUACAACAGCAAAAUAACCCUUUACCCUCAGUAACGCAGAUGACCACCCCACCAGACCAUUUGCUAAGCAAUCAGUCAGAAAGCAACAGAGCAGAGACCCUUUUAACCGACCCCCUGGGGGACCCUAUACCAAGCUUUACAGUCACUGAUACUACUUCUAAUCCCUUGCUCCUCCCAGCUGUCACUGGGGCCUCGGGAUUUAUGGCCUUGAAUCCCCAGCUGUUGGGAGGUGUCCUGAACUCCACAUCGGGCAACACUGCUAAUCAUCCAGAGAUAUCCAUAGCAACCUCCUCCCAGGCAACCACUACCACAACCACUACAUCAUCAGCAGUGACAGCACUGUCUGUCUCAACACUUGGUGGGACAGCAGUGGUGUCAAUGGCAGAAACAUUGCUGAACCUAUCUAAUAAUGCUGGGAAUACAUCUGGUCCAGCUAAACUCAACAAUAACUCUGUGGUGCCACAGCUACUUAACCCUCUACUGGGGACAGGUCUGCUUGGUGAUGUGUCGUCGAUAAACACUACUUUGAAUAACCAUCAACUGACUCAUCUCCAGUCACUGUUAAACAACAAUCAGAUGUUUCCUUCAAAUCAGCAGCAACACCAGUUUCUCCAGGGGUACCAGAAUCUUCAGGGGUUUCAUGGGCAGCCCACAAUUCCUGGACCAACUAACAACCCAAACCCUAUGGCUUGUCUGUUUCAAAAUUUUCAGGUGAGAAUGCAAGAAGAUGCUGCUCUUCUAAACAAAAGAAUGAUCACUCAAAUGGGGAUAACAUCAGUUUCUGAAAGUUCCAACACUACCCUUCCUCCUUUUCAAGAACCAUCUUGUGAUUUGCAGCAAAGGACUGAACCAACUCUAGGACAACAGGCAAAGGAUAGCCUCAAUGUAGCUGCUCAGGGUGAUUCUUCAGUCGAUGCUAUCUACAAAGCAGUUGUAGAUGCUGCGAGCAAAGGAAUGCAAGUAGUAAUCACCACUGCAGUUAGCAGUACAACACAAAUGAGUCCCAUUCCAGCUCUGAGUGCCAUGAGUGCCUUCACAGCCUCAAUUGGUGACCCAUUAAAUCUUUCUAGUGCUGUCAGCGCCGUAAUCCAUGGAAGAAACCUUGGUGUCUCUGAUCAUGAAGGUAGGAUAAGAAACACUAGAGGGACACGAGUACUGAAGAAUUCAGAACACAGUAAAAAUUCAAGUGAAGGGGAUGGAUUUGAAUAUUACAAAUCAGCAGGUUGCAACACAUCCAGAAAACAGUGGGAAGAGGAGCAAAGCCCUGGAGGUGAAAUAAACAGGUGGAAGUGUGAGGAGUUUUUAGAUCAUUCGACCCAUGUUCACAGCAGUCCUUGUCAUGAAAGGCCCAAUCAUGUUUCCACACUGCCAUUGUUACAGAAUGAGCAGCAUCAGUUACUGUUACCACAGAGAAACUGUCAAAAUGAUAAAAUGUUGGAGGAGAAUUUCAGGUAUAACAAUUACAAAAGAACUAUGAUGAGUUUUAAAGAGAGACUGGAGAACACUGUGGAAACAUGUGCACACAUAAAUGGAAAUAGGCCUCAACAAAGUAGGGGGUUUGGAGAGUUGCUGAACACUUCUAAACAAGAUCUAGUCAUGGAGGAGCAAUCUCCAAGUUCGUCAACUAGUUUGGAAAGUUCUCUAGUUAAAGACUAUAUCCAUUAUAAUGGAGACUUUAAUGCCAAAAGCAUUAAUGGGUGUGUGCCUAGCCCUUCAGAUGCUAAAAGCAUCAGCAGUGAAGAUGACCUAAGGAAUCCAGAUUCCCCUUCUUCAAAUGAGUUGAUACAUUACAGGCCGAGGACGUUCAAUGUUGGCGACUUGGUCUGGGGCCAAAUAAAAGGACUGACUUCAUGGCCUGGCAAAUUAGUAAGAGAAGAAGACGUUCAUAACUCAUGUCAACAAAACACUGAGGAGGGGAAGGUGGAGCCCGAGAAGUUGAAGACACUAACAGAAGGUCUGGAAGCCUACAGCCGAGUCAGGAAGAGGAACAGAAAAAGCGGAAAGCUAAAUAACCAUUUAGAAGCUGCUAUACACGAGGCCAUGAGUGAACUGGACAAAAUGUCUGGGAAUGUACACCAAAUCCCACAGGGAGACAGACAGGUGAAGCCUCCAAAACCCAAGAGGAGGAAGAUCUCUAGAUAACAUUGAAUGUCUUUGUUUCUGAUCCAGUACUUAUCAAAUUGAACAUGCACAUAAAUCAGUAUGUAGGUAUCGAUAUAGAUAUUAUAUCAAUAUUUAUAUCAAGGACAGAUAGAUACCAUCAAAGGGUGCUAAGCAAAAUAGUGGUACAAUAUUUUUGGUGAUCAUGUGGGAUAGUUAAUGCUGGAUAAACCAAUCAGAUUCCUUGAAAGAUUACACUUAAAAAUGUCAGAUGAUUACUGAAUUUUUUCUAUAAUACUAAAAUUGUGAUUAUAAAAAUAGUCCAAAUGUUUCUGAUGAAUUUUCAUUGUGUAUAUAGCUAAUACAGAAUUUCAUGGUGAUAUCUGAAAUGUAAAUAUUGUACAAUAUUGUCAUGUACAAGCGUACCUAAUGCACACUUUAUCUUUUAUUGUACAAAAAAAUAGUGUACAAAAUUCUUUGGUUUCUAUUGAGUACACAUACAAGAGACUACCAGUGUAAAGUGAUAAAUAAAAAAUACAGCCUAAAUGCUUUUAUAUGAUAAUGUAAAAGAUGCUGUUUUUGUAUUUAACAGCAGAGAAAAGGCAUGAUUAUGUAAUACCUUAAUUAUGGCAUACACUUCACACCACUGAGUGUUCAUUUAUAUUGUCUGUUUCGAAUGAACCUUGCCUGGAAGUACUGUACUCCAUUCAGGUCUCUGUAGGAGAGUGCAAACUUGCAGAUUCCUAAAGGGAUGUGGGAUCACAGGUCUAAUUAAGAAUUCAAAAGCUGCAACCACUGGUUGCAUUUUAUUUAGUUAAGUUUUAAAGUAGAGUGCUGUAGAUUUUAUUUUAAAAAAAGUUUAGAUGAAAUAUUUUAGUUAGCCAUUUCUGUAGUUGAAGUUUAAUAGCCACCUUCUAAACUAAGCAAUUUAUACCGCCAUUGACUUUGAAUUACCCCAAACCCUGUAUUUGUUAACCUGGGGUUUUUAACCUGAUUAAACAUACUGUUUACAUAUAUGGGGGAAUGGCCCUAUUUUAAAAAUAUGAGUGUUAAUGUUGAUUACAAUUUGAUCUUUCAGUGGAAUAAAAGAGCAUGCUCAACAGCAUUCCUAAACAAUAAUUCUAGUAUCCCUCAUACAGUAUUACUAAACUGAAAGUUAAAGGUGGCUAACAAAACUAUUAGCAACAGUAAUUUUAUCAGUAUUAUGUAACAUAUCAGAUUUAUUUUAUUUAAAAAGAAUUAUUUAUACCAUUAACAGAUUCUUAUAUAUAUUAACGUGGCUGAAAUAUGCAGGUUAAAUCUAUUAACCAAAUUAUUUAUGUUAAGUGAAAAUGUGAAACAUAUGUAGAAAGGAAGUAAUACACUACAGAUAUACAAGCCUAAAGCUGUCAGCCAUUAUAAAAGUAACAAAAAAAGUUAAUAAGUGUAGCACAACAUCAUUUUUUUCAUUGAUGGUGGUGGUAGUACACCCUUCUUCUCAAAGUAAAUUCUCAUUUCUCCUUGCCUUUUUCCAAGAUGGAGUCCGUAAGAUGGACUUCUUCAUCUGGGAACCACCACGUCUUUAACCUGAAAUUCCUUUUUCUCUAUAGCGGCAAAUCUGCAUCCUCUAGUUAAGACUGUUAGUAAUCAGCAUCUUCUGACGCUGAUAACAUUGCCACUCUAUUGAUAAUCCCUGUUUGGCACUUGUACAGUGAAUAACUAUUCCUUUCCCCACUGACUUUCUCCAAAACCCAAACUCAAUUAUCUGUGUGACAUGAUUGAGAUCCAUUGGCCCAGAGGAUAAAGAGACCUGAGGACAUUUCCAAACUCAGUUUUCUUGUUCCACAGCACAUAGCACUACAACUGGGUUAACCUGCUUUUUCAUGUUUCAUAGACAGCUCUUAUUCUUUUCCCCCACCCCGACCUUAUGGAAUGCAAUUAGCUACACUAAGCUACAGUGGCCUGGAGGCAGGAACCCAUCCUUCCACUGGGUAGGUUCAUUUGUCUUUUGUGUAAUGGCGGGACAGCCUGCCAUGGUCCUACAUGCAAACUCAUGUGAAGUGAUCUUUUGUGUAGUUUAGUUAACACUUUUUGUUACAAGUUGAUGUGUUUGUUAUGUUUAAAGAAUUAAUGUUGUCCAUUUUUCGUAUCAGCCUGCUUUUCUGCUGUUUUGUCUACAUAGAUGUUUUUAUUCAUAAAUACAUGCGUGUGUGUGUGUGUGUGUGCGCGCGUGUGUGUAUGUUUAUAUUUAGUUUGGGUUUUUUUACCUUUUUCUUUUCGGUCUUAACACUGAGUUUGUAUUGACCAACCCUUCUUUUGGCAGUUUAACUAAUUAGGUUUGUACUUUCUCACCAAUGUAUACUUUACAUUAGUAGACUAUGUAAAGUAUUUUUGUGCACUUGAUUUCAUUGGUUAAUAAUGGCAUUGAUGUGGGUGCUAGGCGUAGUUUGUUUCAGUCCAUACAGAUUUUUUUUUCUCUUUUAGAGUUUUUAUGGUUUCAUGUAAGCAGUUAAUGUAAAUAUUGUGAGCAUUACAGGUCAUGCAGUGUUGUAACAUUUUAAAAAAUGUUGCACCUACUUUACAAUUAAAAAACUGGUCACUCAUACUUGAAUUUUGCCCAUAGAGCCAUUUCUUUCUCUUUGCAUUAAAGCAUAAUAUACUUUUUUGAUGGAGGCCCAGACCUUUCUACAUUAUUAUUUUUUGUUUAAUAAAUCUAUAUUUUUUCUAAUAGAAGACUUAAAAUGAAAAAAAAAUUAAAAAUACUUUUUGCCUAGUUUCUAAUUUAAGAGAGUACUCCUAUAUUUAGAUUGUGACAAAAUACCCCAUUGUGGAAAGUGGAAUAAUAUUUUAAUUGGCAUUAAUUUGGCACAGUCAUGUGACUCUGUGAACUUUAAGUGACUGCAAGUGAGCCCACAAGAGGAAUUAGUUUUUAAUUAGCUUAAUUAUUUAAACUUAGUAUCAUGCUUUGAGGCUGCAAAGUGCUAAGUAGUCUCAUUAUUUAUGGUUAGUUUAUUUAUUGUGGUUUAUUUAUAAGUGGGCUGUAGUAUGUCGAGUCAUUUCACAUAUGAUAAAAGUCCAGGGUAUUAUUCCUCUUUCUAUCAUGGUGCAUUUUGUGAACACCAAUUAAAGAAAAAAUAUUUCCAUUAAUUUCAAUGGACUUCCUUUGUAUUCUUGCUGCCGACAAAAAAGAUAUUGCUGGAAUUAGCUAUGAAAAUAGCUUCCCCGUAGUCAAACAAACAAAUAAAAAAACACAUUUUCGAUCUCCCAGAUCUGUUAUACUCAAUCUAAGAUUUAAAGUGGCUGUUCUUUUUUUUUUUUACAUCAAAUAUUAAGUUAUUUCCUAAAUCAUUUUUACAGAAAGUUUAGAAAUAAUGCACUAUCAUCUGAGUCCCAGAGUUUGAUGAAAUAGAGGAAAUAGAGGGCUCGUGGUGGACUGAAUUAUCUUAGAAAUACUACCUUUCUUAAUUACAGUUUGUAUUUUGCUAUGUAGGGUUGUAAUGUGAGAAUUCCAGCAGAGCACUAGCAAAAAAAUGCUUUUCUAUUUAAAAAAAAAUCCAUUCUAGUCUUACUAAGAAUUAGAAAAAAAAUUAAUAUCAGUUUUGUAAUUUUUGAUAAAGUUGUCGAUAUGAUUAAAUCACCAAAAAAAAGUUACUGUGAU